AUGAUCCCCCUCAUCCUCGCCUUCCUCAUCCUCAUCCUCACCUCCUUUCUCAUAUACCACCAUGGUAUAAACCCUUAUUUCCUCUCUCCACUAUCUUCCAUCCCCAAUGCCCACUUCACAUCCCCACUGUCCAGCUAUUGGAUUGAUCGCAAGCGUAGUACAGGCACGGAAGUCCUCGCCAUCUAUGCCUUGCACCAAAAGCAUGGCCCAAUCGUCCGUCUCGGCCCCAAGGAGCUGAGCGUGAAUUCUCUCCAUGGCCUAAAAAUAAUAUACACGGGCGCUUUCGAGAAACACGCCUUUUACAAUGAUGUCUUCGUCAACUUCAACACCGAAAACAUGGUCGGCAUGGUGCACAAUGCGGCGCAUGCCCAGCAGAAGCGUAUGCUGAGCAAGACCUACUCCAAGUCAUUUCUCCAGGAAUCCAGUGACUUGCGCACCAUUGCAAAGGCCGUGCUCUGGGGCCGGUUUAUGCCUAUUCUUAAGCAGGCAGGGGAGACCGGAGAGGUGUUGAAUGUGCUGCCACUAUGCCAGGCUCUUGGGAUGGACUUCACCUCCUCUUUCCUGUUUGGAUUGAGGCAAGGGACGAAGUAUUUGUUGAAUAUUCCCGAGUGGAUGAUGUGGUUGGAGGAGUAUGAGCAGUUCAAGUACUUGAGCCGGGACGACCGAUAUAUGGGUUUUAUUGAGAGAUGGUGCUUGGGCCUCUGCGACCGGAUGGAAGAGUCUAAGAAACAGAAGGGCCCCAGAGACGAGGAGAAGCUGCCAUCCACGAACCCAGUCGUCUACGACCAACUGCACCAGAGCCUACUCAUCCAGAAAGAGCAGGAUCGGCGUCCGCUAAACCUAGCAAUUGCAUCCGAACUGCUAGACCACCUGGUUGCAGGCCACGAAACAUCAGGCAUUACCUUCACGUACAUGAUGUGGGAGAUGUCGCAGCAUCCGGAGCUUCAGGCCGAGCUGCGAAAGGAACUACUAACAUUAUCUCCAUCUCUCCGAUACCUGGACACAGAUGGAGAGAAGAUCCUUCCUUCUCCUUCCGCAAUCGACGCACUCCCCCUGUUGGAUGCUAUGGUCCGCGAGACCCUCCGUCUUCACUCCCCGGCCCCUGCCCAACUUCCCCGCGUUACCCCCACCACAGAAAAAGGAACUUCGCUGCACGGGUAUGACAAUAUCCCGGGCGGCGUGAGGGUCAGCUCAACCGCCUACUCCCUCCACCGCAUCAGUGAUGUCUAUCCGCGUCCAUUAGAAUGGCUGCCAAAACGAUGGCUGGAGGCAGGUGACAAGAUCCACGACAUGAGGCGGCUGUUCUGGCCGUUCGGGAGCGGUGGACGCAUGUGUCUGGGAAGUAAUUUCGCAUUGCAAGAAAUCAAAUUGGUUAUGGCGGCUGUGUACUCAAAUUACACGACCUCUAUUGUAGACGACAAGGGCAUCGAGCAGGAUUUUGCCUUUAUUUCACUGCCACGCGGGCGGAAGCUGAUGUUGAGGUUUACCCCCGUCAAUGAGUGA